GUCUCCUCUAUGAUAAUAGUAUAUACCUGUGAAUUAGUCUCAUUUAAUGCCAGUAAUGGCUAUUUGGAGAGAUAAAUUAAUGAAAUUUCUCAUUUUUACUUCCUACACGGGGUAAACAGUCGUACGAGGAUGAUGAAAACUCUGGGAGUUACAGUGUGGUUGGUUCAUUUCCCAAAGAUUUCGGGUAAGUUCUCAGUCUGCAUCGAUUGUAAUUUAAGUCACGGUGAACGAUAGAAAAUGCAAGUCGUCUUUUUUUUUUAACACAGCAAAGAGGUACCAUAGUUGCAAGUUCGUUUCGGCGGUUGUUAUAUUUUAACGUUCAAUAUACUUGAAAAUAUGAAGUUUAAGCGUACAUCAGUUCCCUGUCGAGCCCAGCCGGUGUACAACUGUACACAAAUCCUCGCUGUUUUCUCGACGUUUUCGAACGUUGAUUCUUCGCUGAGAAAAUUGCAAAGACCAUUUGUUUUUUUGAACUGUUGGACAAUUCCAGUAAAAUUACUCAGGGUUCAAUGGCUCAUUACGCGACGAUUUUUGCAACAUCAGUAAUCAUAUGCAUUUGUUAUCACAUGAAAUUAAUGGCAAGUACACGUGUAUCAGUUCUGGAAUUGUAGUGAAUGAUAAAGACCAAAUUUAAAUACACUCAUUUGAUAACAUGCGUGCACAUAACUUCACGUUAUGUACUAAAUACUUGCAAUUCCCAUGCAUUACACUUGCUUGUGUGUGAGCAGUACUGUAGUUUCUAUUCCUUUGUUAGUGCCAUUAACCAAUUGUAUACUGUUGCACAAGCAAUAUUGUCAAUGUGACUUAUUCUAUGUAUGUCAAACUUUGACUUUUUGUUUCAUCAUUUGUUUAUAAAGAUUUCCCUAUUCACUGGUCUUCUGUUUGCAAGAAUUGGCACUAUCCCUCACAUAGACAAUGGCCUUGAUCAAGAACUUCCACUGCCUAAGGUAAUGUCACAAAACUUGAGAGUUAAAUGGUUAAAAAGGUACAGUGUAUGUUUCUUUUCCCACAUAGGAUUCUUACCUCUUGAACUGGUUCAGUGACAUGAAAGAAUAUCUACAUGUUGGUCCACCUGUGUAUUUUGUGGUUAAUGGAGGCUAUGAUUAUGAACAUCCCUCUGGACAAAACAAGAUUUGUGGUUUGGCUGAGGCUGUGAUUCCUCUUCUUUAGUAAAACAAAUCUACAGUACUUCACUGAUCCCUGAAGAGUUAGUUCCUUAAAAUUUCUCACAGUCCAUAGUAGUGUUGAUUGCUAUUAGAAUGCAGUUGAUAUGGGGAACAGUAGAGUUAGUUCUUUUGCAACCAUGUGUAGUGUAUAUACAUGUGUAGAUGUACAUUUUCAACCAUUAUACUGAAAGUUACAGACCUAAAUUAUUGUUACUGCAUGCAGUUGAGAUUAUUGUCAUUGUCCAGGACACAAUCAGUCUUCAGCUGAGUUCCACAGUAUGUUCAUAAAGGAAUCAGUUGCAAUUCAUAUUAUUAUUAUUUCAUUAUUAUUAUUAUUAUUCUUCUUUAACCAGAUCCAAGAUAGCUAUGUCAGCAUCUUCUUGGUUAGAUGACUAUUUCAGCUGGAUUGAAUCUAACAGGGAGAACUCAUGUCCUAUCAAGUACAAAAGGAAAUGAGACAUGUAUCCGUACAACAGUGAUGCCACCUAACUCAACUAACACAACAACUCCAGCACCUGCCGUCAUCUGCUAUAAUGAGACAACACCUGUAGUGCCUCAUGUCUUCUGUAAUACAACAGGUGAGUGCUUGCUUUCCUGCAGACAUCAAAGGUUAGGUUGGUUUAUAUGUAAGUGAUGUGGCCUGUAAGUCUGAAGUAAAUUUAUCCCACUCUCCACUCUCCACUCUCCACUCUCCACUCUCCACUCUCCACUCUCCAGUUCUCAGGAAAAACACUUUUACCUCUGACAGUGCCUCUCUCUCCACCCACAAGUUUUUCGGGAAUGUCAACACCCCCUUCCCCCUCCCCCUCCCUCCUGCCAUGUGAAAUUUUAAAGUUAGUUUGUUCAAAUUCCUGCCCAGCUGAGCCAAGUUUGUGUUCUAAAAUGCCCAACCAAGUGCCAGAUUUAAUGGUCAAUGUUUUGUGAGAGGCAAAAUCAGCAACCAAGACUUCUUGCCUAUUCAGCAAGUUUUAAGAACCCAGAUGUUGUAAACCUUUUCUUCUGAGCCAUUCACUCAUGAAAGUGAAAAGAAAAUGAUUACCAACUAAAUAUUCCCUUGACUGAUUAACAAAUUCUCCUGGUCAGCACUAUGGUUAAUGUGUAGAAAGCAGUAUGGAGAAUAUGCAUAGUGAUGUUAGGGUGUUAAGGGUUAAGAAAGAAUAUCUUGAUUGUGAAACAAACUGUUGUUAACAAAACAUUAGGAAAUGUGUAGAGAACAGUAUAGAGAAUAUGCAAACUGAUGUUAGGGUGUAAUGGGUGAACAUAAACAUUCAACACCAGUCUUUCUUAAUCCUUUAUACCCUAACAUCAGUAUGCAUAUUCUCCAUACUGUUCUCCACACCUUUCUUAACUUGCUGACAAGGAGAAUUUGUUUAACAAUCAAGAGCUUCUUUAGUUGGUGAUCAUUUCCUUUAUUCUUGUGAUCUAAACGUGUGACUCAGGGGUGAUAUUUUAUGGAGAAAUUAGAUGUGAGUCACUCUUAGGGGUUGAAGGGUUCAUUUCAUGUAUGUGUUAAAUUUCUUACUGUAUUUCUGUUCCUGUUCUUUUUUUUUUUAGUUGAUGACAAUCUGUGCAAACCGUACCUGAAUUUAAGCCAAAAGGGUCAGAGACCAACCCCAAAGCAGUUUGAUAAGUUCCUGCCAUUUAUCUCAAGGACAACCCAGAGACAAAAUGCACCAAAGGGUAAAGAAUUCAAACUCGCUUUAAAAUGAUGUGAAUGGCACCAAGGUUGCUUGCAGCAAUUGAAGAAGAAAUCUACUGUACAUGUAGUAUAAUUUAGUAUUGUCAACUGAGCUGACAAAGUAAAUUGGCCAUUGUAAAAAGUUUCAAAGCUGACAUUCGAGCAUCCAGUUGGUUCAACUGGUUAAAUAGGCAAACUAGCUAAAACAGAUAAACUUCACAAAUUGCGGAAUGUGUCCUAGUUGGUUGAAGAAGCGAAGAAACUCCAGGGGGGGUAGGGAAAGGGAAGAGGUGUCUUAGUUGGUUGAAGAAGUGAAGAAAUUCCA